AUGCCCAAGGUUACCAGUCACACGCCGCCUUGGCUCUGCCGACCAUCUCCAGGCGCCUCGUUCUUUACUGGGAAGACCGCUGUCGCUGUUGACAAGCACGCGCCAAAACGAGUCACCUACGAGGGCCCUCAGAAGACCCUAGCUCAGCGAGGUACCGAGGUUUUUGCAUUGGUGGACAACCAAAUCCGAUGGUCGAACUUGGUGACCCUCAAGGCCGAGUCGAGCUCGAAGCCAAAGUCCAAAAAGAAUGAGACUGGCAAAGGUGCAAAACCCGAAAAGGAAUUCUACAGAACCUUGACGGUCCCUGUUUACGGCGAGGUUAAACAACUGUUGAUAUCUCCAAACGGCGUUUUCAUGGCAGUUGUCACUGUGCAUACUGUCCAUAUCGCGAUACUGCCAGAUCCCUCCCACCUGUCGAGCUCUGAGACCGCUCCACUCCGCCUCAAAACGUAUCAACUUGGUCCUACAACGCAUGUGAUUCCAGAGUCGCCGGUUAUCUCAGCCUUAUGGCAUCCUCUGGGCACCCACACCAAUGUCGAAGCGUGCAUAGUGACAGUCACAGCCGAUGCUGCAGUUCGAGUGUGGGAGUUGGAUCGAAACAAUCAUUGGUCGUUUGACCGCCCUACGCUGGCAAUCGAUCUCACAAAGCUCAUUGAUGGGACGUCUUCCGAUGAAGAUUUCACGCCUCCUGGAUUUGGUAAAAACAAGGGGUUUUCUGCAGACGCGUUCGACAUGGAAGUUGCAUCUGCGACAUUUGGUGGAACAGCACAGGAGGGCGAAGAUGCAUGGGCGCCAAUGACCUUGUGGGUUGCAAUGAGACCGGGAGAUUUGUAUGCGCUGUGUCCGUUGCUUCCUUCUAAAUGGCAGGCGCCAUCUGCCACCAUCCCGGCUCUUUCAGCUGCUAUUAUUCCUAAACUUGCAGCUGCAGAGGAGGAGUUUUCUGGAGUUGAAGAUGCGGAAGAUGAACUGGUAGCAAGUCGCCAGCAGUACGAAUGGCUCAAGGAGAUUGAUGACCAGGGCUCUUUAGAUACGCCUGAGACCGACGAGUUCUUAGACAUGGAGAUCUUUAAGCGUCCUGUCAAUCCCAGUGCUAUUCCUCGGCUGCAGGGUCCAUUUCAAUUUGACGCAGGGGAGCAGAUCGAUGAUCUCAAUCUGACGGACUUGAUCGUGAUCCCAGCCAGACUUGACACUGAGGCUUUGAUGACCGGCGAAGAUGAUGAGGAUAUGUUUCAGAACGGGGAGGAGAGCCUCUCGGUUACUAUUAUAUGCGUGUCAACUGCUAGUGGACGUGUUCACGUCUGUCUGGAGCUGGAUGGCGUGGAGGGCCAAUGGCUCCCCAAAGCCAAAGCUAAUACGUUCAGCACGCCCCUCUCAGAACCAUCGGACCUGGUUCUUGUCGAGUCGCUAGAUACCGUGAGAGAGCAGUUACGUGAACGGCAUUGCUGGCCAACAUUUACCCACGACAUCCAUUCGCGGUAUGGCUUUUACCUCACAACUUCCAACAACGUGUCCUUUAUCUCGCUCUCCUCAUGGGCCCAGCGAUUAGAAGCUGAACUUCAGUCGGACGACGUUUCGGGGUCGCAAUUCCGUUUGAAUGUACUCUGCGAUGGCUCGAUAGCCCUUCGCGAGCUAAUCAUUCAACUGAAUGAAGAUGAUUCUUCGCUGCAUGAAGAACCACACCAUCUGUCGAGCUCCUUGGUGUUUUCUGACUACGAUUUUGGCACCCUACUUCUUACUUACCGAGGAUAUGCGCCUCAAGCUGCAGUUCUCGAUGAGCCUCAGAGUCAGGCUUUGCAGUCAUUCUCGGAAUCGGUGAUUUCUCAUCUCAACGCCCCCGUCUCGCAUCCCCCUCCGCUUUUCUCCAAGCCUCAGCGGGCGCCAUACCAGGUGCCGGCAAUCUUUUACACCGAUGAACCUCUUGGAACAUUUGUCGAAGACAACGUCCCCCACCGACACAGAGCCGGUCUCCGAGACACUGUCAGGCUCUCACCAUCCACCCUCGACACAGUUGCUGCUGCACACAGAGUGCUUGCUGCGCACACGGGCGUACUGGAAAAGGCAGCAGCAGACCUGUUCCGUCGCUGCGAACGUCUUCGCGGCGAGAUGAAAGACCAGCUCGAAGGAAUCGCCACUAUCGCUGAGCGCAUCAAAAAUGUUUCUAGUCAUAUUGGUAAUGACGGCAAUAGACAGGAAGGCUCCCGAAGCGAGGAAGCUCUGAGCAAUAGACUUGCUGCUGCGAAGCAGAGACAAGAUGACCUCGUAUCGCGCUACUCGCGUAUCCGAACCAAGCUCUCGAAAGUCGGUGGUCGCCCGCUUAGUGAGAAGGAAAAUGGAUGGGUGGCUGAGGUUGAUAAUCUGUCUGCUUCUGUUCUCGAAACGGGCGAAGACAGCGAGGCAUUGGGAAGGCGGUUGGUAAUGGCCAAGUCACUUGCCGACAGCCUCCUAGCAGAGGUGAAGCGCAUAUCAGCAGAACAGCCGGCUUCGGACACUGCGGUCUUUAGUCUAAGUCCAAGAUCGCAGCCCAAGAUUCCAGCUAAACUGCAACGGGCCAAGGUGGCGGAUGCAAUGAAGAUGAUAGACAGAGAAUCUGCGGUUAUCGAUGCUAUUACGGCAAAACUGGAGCGUUUGAACUCGGGAUUUUCGUAG